AAUCAUUAUCUAAUCAUGGGCCGUAAUGAUAAAUCUCAGCAGGGCAGUGUUGCAUGUGCCAGUGGCAUAUCGUACGUGCAGUGCCAGAAUCUCAAGUACAACGUCAUAAUUCUGGGCUGGCUGGGCGUGAUCAUAUCGUCCGUGACCCUGGGCAGCUCCAUGCUGACCCUCCACAUGCAUCCGAACAUCGGACUGCUGCUCAAGCAAGGGCUCCUCAGCAUUGCCGCGGACAACGAGCAGCAGUUUCUGAUGAAUCUGUUGACCAUCUUUAGCUCUGUCGCAUAUGGACUGUCGCUGAUCAACGCGGCCGUCAGCCUACUGCUGCUCAUUGGCGUGGCUCGGGACACGAGCUGUCUGCUGUAUCCCUGGUUGAUAUUCCAUGGCGUGCUCUAUGGCUUUGGCCUCUAUCUGGGCGUCUUCUAUGCCACUUUGGGCCUCUUCAUUGAUCUGUCCAGCUUUCUGAUGUGCCUCCUGGUAUUCACCCUUGUGCUGGUGAUCUUUUACAAGAUCUAUCACGAGGUCUUCACCCUAUUCCGCGUAAUGGGAGAGCAAUCGAAGUAUGCGCCCCUUGGCGGAGUCUUCUACAAGGAUGCGGAGCAUGGUUGUGUGCCCUGCCAACAGGUCUACGUUCCCCUCAAACAGUAGCUGCAU